AUGGCGGCGGCAACUUUCACCAGUUUUGUGGACAACUUUCGCACCCAACUGGCUAAGGAUGCGGAAAUGCAUUUGAGCACCAUUUUUCCUCAGCGUCUUCAAACCAUAAUUGAUGUGCUCAAGAGUCCACUUUUUGACUUGACAUUAAAUCGUCAAAAACUCCACGAUGCAGCUCUGACUCCAAUUCCUUCCGACGUCUGUGGCAAGGACGCUUCAUUACCGAGGUCAUCAAUUGAAGUAUCCACUAAUCCAAUCAUCUCUGAGGCCUACAACGUGGUGAAACCAUUCCUCCUUCAACUGGGUGAAGAUGCUCAACUUCUACGAAUGUGGGUGGUGUUGAGCAUUCCCAAAAUUGAGGAUGGUAACAACUUUGGUGUCUCCGUGCAGGAGGAAGUGAUGGUGGAUGCGUCGAGAACUGAAACAGACGUCACAUCCAUGUUGGAUUUCUAUUGUGACUACCUUAUCUACCGAGGCAAAAUAAAUACCAAGAGGAUCAAAUGGCCUGGCAUCCGAGCCUACACAGAAGCACUGGUGGAAUUGGACGAGAUGACGUACAUACGCAUUAGGAUGACAUUGCAGGACAUAAGGAACAAUUAUGCUCGCCUCUACGACCUAUACAUGAAGAAUAUUAGUAAAAUUCGAGAUCCUCGAUCCGACAGCGGAAUUAAUGCUGUUAACAUCAUGUAUUAA